AUGUGCAGACGGAGAUGUGCAGACGGAGAUGUGCAGACUGAGAUGUGCAGACGGAGAUGUGCAGACGGAGAUGUGCAGACGGAGAUGUGCAGACGGAGAUGUGCAGACGGAGAUGUGCAGACGGAGAUGUGCAGACUGAGAUGUGCAGACGGAGAUGUGCAGACGGAGAUGUGCAGACGGAGAUGUGCAGACGGAGAUGUGCAGACGGAGAUGUGCAGACGGAGAUGUGCAGACGGAGAAGUGCAGACGGAGAUGUGCAGACGGAGAUGUGCAGACGGAGAUGUGCAGACGGAGAAGUGCAGACGGAGAUGUGCAGACGGAGAUGUGCAGACGGAGAUGUGCAGACGGAGAUGUGCAGACGGAGAUGUGCAGACGGAGAUGUGCAGACCGAGAUGUGCAGACCGAGAUGUGCAGACCGAGAUGUGCAGACGGAGAUGUGCAGAUGGAGAUGUGCAGACCGAGAUGUGCAGACCGAGAUGUGCAGACGGAGAUGUGCAGACGGAGAUGUGCAGACGGAGAUGUGCAGACGGAGAUGUGCAGACGGAGAUGUACUCUGCAGAGAGAAACAGCUUCAGAUAG